UAAGUUAGUGAGUAUCCUUGCCGAGAACUGCCUUCUUCAGGACAACGCUCUCGAUCGAGCCGAUGCCGCUGAAGAGAAAGUCCGCCAGAUUACCGAGAAGUUGGAGCGGGUCGAGGAAGAACUUCGGGACACCCAGAAGAAGAUGAUGCAGACCGAGAACGACCUCGACAAGGCGCAGGUACGAAUACGAUCUAGCUCAGCGUUCUCCAUGACGAUGAGCUGUUUCUAG